AGUUGGAAGAGAGGCGAGGUAAGAUGAGCAAGGAGAAAGAGGAAUUGGAUAUCAGUCUUGAACUGAUGAAAAGACAAAGGGAAGACUUGACAAGCUUGAAGGCUGAAGCAGAAGCACAGACCGAGGCUAUGGAAAAAGACUGGAAGGAAAAGCUCACGAGGGAAAGACAACAACUUGAAGAUGUAAAGGAGGAGAUACAGAAGGAAAAAGAAGCCUUUGAGAGAAAGAAGGGAUUGACCAUGAAAGAAAGAGAUGAGUUUGAUCUGAUGAAGUCUGAAACCCAGGGACAAUUGGAGGAAAUAGAACAAAACAAACAAGACAUUCGUGUGGAGAAGGAAAAGCUGGAUCAGAUCAAAGCUGAGUUAGAAAGACGGUCUGAAGACGUAAAUCAGGUCAUGGAUGAGACAAGACGGGAGAGGGGGAAGGUUGAAGAACUGGCUAUCCAAACUCAAAAAGAAAGAGAAGAAAUGGUGGGUUUUAUGGAAAAGAACAAACAAAAGCAGAACGAACUGGAACUCAUGAAUGACAAGAUUGAAAGAGAGAAACAAGACAUUGAAGAAAGUCGGGAUGUGCUAACAAAGGAGAGAGAGGAGCUGGAACAAAUGAGGAGUGAGAUACAGCAACAGAGAGAGGAGACAGAAUCUCACAUGGAAGACCAAAGGAAAGAGAAAGAACAUUUGGAACAAAUGACGACGGACAUGAAAAAACAGUUGCUAGAGGUGGAUAAUGACAAGGAAAUGAUAGAAAGCUCAAUGGGUGAACUGAGAGUGAAAGAGGCAGAAAUAGUGAGAGAAAAAGACAACAUGGAUAACAAGAUGGCUAGGCUCAAAGAGGAAGAGGAUGGAAUGCGGGAAGAAAUAGGAAGGAAGAUGGACAUCUUAAAGAAGGAAAGUUGUGAAAUCAAAAGACUUAGAGAUGAAAUUGACAGUGAAAAGGACCAGCUGAAUGCAAAAUUGCUUGAGUUGGAAAAAAUGCGUGAAGAACUAGAUAGAGAGAAGAAGGAAGUGAAAGACAGGAAGGAUGAAACACUGAAAGAGAAAGAUCAGUUGGAAGAGAGGCGAGGGUAAGAUGAGCAAGGAGAAAGAGGAAUUGGAUAUCAGUCUUGAACUGAUGAAAAGACAAAGGGAAGACUUGACAAGCUUGAAGGCUGAAGCAGAAGCACAGACCGAGGCUAUGGAAAAAGACUGGAAGGAAAAGCUCACGAGGGAAAGACAACAACUUGAAGAUGUAAAGGAGGAGAUACAGAAGGAAAAAGAAGCCUUUGAGAGAAAGAAGGGAUUGACCAUGAAAGAAAGAGAUGAGUUUGAUCUGAUGAAGUCUGAAACCCAGGGACAAUUGGAGGAAAUAGAACAAAACAAACAAGACAUUCGUGUGGAGAAGGAAAAGCUGGAUCAGAUCAAAGCUGAGUUAGAAAGACGGUCUGAAGACGUAAAUCAGGUCAUGGAUGAGACAAGACGGGAGAGGGGGAAGGUUGAAGAACUGGCUAUCCAAACUCAAAAAGAAAGAGAAGAAAUGGUGGGUUUUAUGGAAAAGAACAAACAAAAGCAGAACGAACUGGAACUCAUGAAUGACAAGAUUGAAAGAGA